UGACAGUGCAUGGCUGUGAGGCAUAGUUAGCCUGAGAUUCUGAGUGGCUCCACUAAACUAUUGUUUGACUGACUUAGUCUCCUGGCAUCUGUUUUGACCCCUGUGGCUCUGGGUCAGCAGACCCUGUCACGGUUGAAGGCUUAAGUAGUUCCAUGGGACUGACUAUACUCACUUUGGCUCAGAUCACUAAAGUAGUCAGCAGGUAUAAAUAGUAAUGCUAUAGUAAUUGAUUUAUGUUUCUCAGGGGACUAUCAAGACAUUGAAAACAUAGUGUUUGGUCUUGAAGAGCACAAGUCUAAAAGUUAUGGAAGCCAAAGAGGAAACCAGUGACACAGACAGUGGGAUUAUUUUACAUUCAGGCCCUGACAGUCCCAGCACUGUGAUGAAGGACGUGGGUACACGCACUCGGGCUGUGAAACUGAAGCAUCAGUCACUGCAGGACAGGCUAGAGCUGUGUAUUCUGGAGCUGAAGAAACUCUGUAUCAGAGAGGCUGAACUGACGGGACACUUGUCCUCAGACUACCCUGUCUUGCCAGGAGAAAAGCCCCCCCUGAUCCGUCGCCGUAUAGGCGCUGCUUUCAAACUGGACGAGCAGAGCUUUCUUCAUAGAGGAGAGGACUCGGAGCUAAGCGCGGUGGAGGCUGAGCUAGCCCUGCAGCAGCAGAUCUACACAGCAGCACGGCGACUGUGCCAGGAGGAGCCUCUCGGCAAAGCGGUGAAGAGGAGCAGGGUGCAACAAUGCAGGCUGGAGGAACAAAAGCUCAAGGAGCUCCAGGGGGCCGUGUUCCAGCUGCGACUCCAGCGCGGCCGCUCUUCGCCACGGCCACCUCUCGUCGUACAGAAACAUCAGGGAGCCUCAGAUGACAGUUCGCUGUCCGAUUCGGCAGUGAUGGAUGAAGAGGAGCUGACAAGCCAGUCAUCUCAGGUCUCAUCAGAGCCCCCUCCAGUUGGAGACCCUUGUUCUGUGCCCCUGGGUCCUCCCCAUCGCCCUCUCACCCCCACUGGCCCCUUCCUUCUCCCUCCUGAGCCAAACCCCCACCAGACACCCCCUGUCCCCCUCAAGGCCUUACAUGCCUGCCCCAGCCCCAUACCGGAGCAUGACCCUGCCCCCAUUCAGAACUCCCCAUGGAAGGAGUCCAGCCUGGAUAAGCCUUACGAGAAACAGAAGAAGUCUCACUCCAGUAGCACCAAGUCCAGUCCUGCUGUUACUCCUACAUUACCUUCACUGGAAGCUUGCUUUGAAGUGGCAGGCCUAACAUUGCAAAUACCUACACAUGCCUCACUGAGACACAGCCAAUCCAGCAGCGCCCCAUCUACGCCAGACCUGCAUCUGCACAGAGGACAAUCUCUCAGAAUUCCAAACAGUGAGAUGGCACGCAACGUAGAACAGGACAGAGGACGGCCACAGCGGUCCAGGAGGAGACUCACUGAUGUCAAUCUGAUGUCACCAGACUACUCCUCUAUGAGAUUAGCCAUGGGAAACCCACUGUACAGCUCCAGCUGUGAGGACAGCAGUUCUGAGCACUCCUCAACUCCUUCUCAUGUCAGCUCACCUUGUCUCGAGUACCCAACGGUGCUGCAGAUUCCAUGCCAAGACCACUACAGAUAUCACUACAGCAGCCACACUGACAGUCACAUGCCUCAGUCCUAUGUGCCUCUCAGUUACUACAAGAAUUCUUCACCUCAGUUGUCCCCUAGCAUCUACACAUAUGUGGAUGAGGGCAGGGGCAAUGAGGUGGACAUGGAUAGGAUGUACAUCAGGCACCAGCUUCCCCCUUCUUGCAACAAUACACACUACGAGUACUGGUACGACGAGGCUCCACCACACCAGCAGCUCUGCAGGCUGAUACCCCCUCACGUCAAGGUGUCCCGGACCCCAUCGCUCAGAGAGUACCCCCACCACCCCAACAAGGGCCUACCCCGCCAGGUGGUGUCUGAGGAGCUUAAGUCUUGGCACCAACGCAGCCAGUUACGGACACCAAGGCCACAUUCCCUGGACAGGCACCGGCAGGGUGCCAUGCGCUUUCGGAACACGCCUGGACGCGAGUCACCACUUUCACAGCAGCACAGCUUCCAGGAACAGCAGCUACCCCAAAGACGGAUCGUCCAGAGGUCUGCAGACGGAACACCAAUCAAAUGGUAUGAAGAAGAUGACAAAGAGAUUGUCAGCCAGGUGUAGAAAAAGGACUUCUGGAAAGAAACAUAGAAAACACACACACACACACAUACACACACACACACACACACACACACACACACACACACACACACCUCAGUGACAAGAGACCUAUUUAUGUUUUAAUUUAUUGAACUACUAGAUGAAAGUGAUUUAGCCAUAGUUAUGUCUAUAGCUGGACUAACCUUGAUCAAAUGCCUUUUAACGUUAUAAGACACUAUAUGUUUCAUAACUGAUCUACUCUGAAAGACAAUGUCGCUAAUAAAAUAGAUUUUUAUAUGUCUACAUUUUGUACAAUAAAAAAGGUUUAUAUGCUG